AUGUCUGCAGACAAGCCUCACAGUAUCAUUAUGAUGGGGGAUGAGAAACAUGGUGAAGUCAGGAGGGCAUGGGAUGCCUGUAGAGAGGUUCCUUUAAUUCAGGAUGAGCAAAAACCCAGAAAGCGUUUCCAGUUUGUUCAACGAUUUUGCUGUGCUGUUGUUGGCUUGCUUGUGUUUAUUCUUGCAGUUUGCAGUAAGUCAUCAUUUCUGCUUUUGGUGACACUGGGAAACAAUGCCACCGUUACCGUACCAACGAGUCAAAAACCCAGUGCUCUCCUCAGCAUUGGUUGUACUUUGGUUGGACCGAGUGUUUUACUCCUGAUAAAGAGCCUCUGGAAGUUCAUCUUCAAGAGUUCAGUAAUACCAAGUAAAAAGACUGUGCUAUGGGUGGUGAGCAUAGAGUUCCUGGUUGCCAUUGGAACUGUUCUUCUCACAGUUGUUGCCAUGCCACAUUUUGAUAUUGUCACCAACAUAAUGCUCCUAAACAGUGUGAGCGUCCUUUCUGCUGUGCUUCAAGUGGCAGCUGACUGCCUCGCCAAGGAGAGAAAGAGAUUCAUAAUGCUCCCUAUCAUCGCCAUUGUCCUCAUUAUUCUCGGUUACGUUUUGUUCAUACUCAGUUUCCUCCUGGUGGAGAAUAGCACCUCAGAGGUGGUUACAGCUGUGGCACUAGCCAUACUGGGCACGUUCUUUGUCUCUUUAAACUGGUGGGAGAACUACAGCACCCUUUUCAAUGUUGGCUUCCUGAACAACAUCUCUAAGGACAUUGCGGGAUCUCGUAAUAUGGUCUGCAUCCUGUCAAGCGUGGUCAGAAUCCUCAUCACAGGAACUGUGGUUGGAGCCUACGUGCCGCUGUACGGCUAUGACUGGUACACUAUAUCAUCUCUCCCCUCAGACGUGGGUGACAUCAUCCUUGGCUUGGUUGUCAUCCAGGUUAUUUCCUCCGCCAUGUGCCACUGGUUUGUGGUGGUGGCCUGCAAGAUACAUGCCUUGCGUCGUAGUUUUGUCGUCCCAAUGUAUUUGGCUUCUGUGACUGUUUUAGCCUUUUUUCUGGUUCCAGUAAGCAUCUAUUCUCAUGGUGCAACAGAACUUCCAGCAAAUGUAAGCUAUUGUCAGAGCCUCCAGCUACCUGGGUAUGAAGGUUUCAACACCACCUGGUUUGAGGGUUUGAUGAAGGACGUCACUCGCACGCUCUGCAACCGUGAGAUCAUUGCAGAAAAGAAUGUGACCGGAUUGGCUUUUCUGGGCAGCUUGGCCCUCUGCUGGUGGCUGGGACUCAUAUUUAGUACACUAUACAUCUGGUAUCUGAGGAUCAAGCGCAUUGAGAGAACCCAAGAUCUGUUUGUUCGACGAAUGUAUGAAAGUGCAUUUCUGGAACAGUCCAUGCUGCUCAACACUCGGUUCGAAAUCAGAAAGAGGAUUAAAGAAAGAUGGUCCAAAGAGCCAGUAACAGUGUAUCUGUGUGCAACAAUGUGGCAUGAGACUUAUGAUGAAAUGAUGAAAAUGAUCAUUUCAAUGUUCAGGUUGGACAAAUACAGGCCAAGGAGAACCGCAGCCAGUGAUGCUAUCUUUGAAUUCCAUAUCUACUUUGAUGAUGCCUUCAAAGAUGUAGAGGACAGUAAAGAGAGGCAUGUUAAUGAGUAUGCUCAGACACUGGUGGAAGUCAUCAGAGAAGUCUACAUUACUUUCAGCUGUGAGGAUCCAUGCAUCUUCAAGAAAUGUCCACCUCUUCCCAAUCAGAAGAUCAUUCGGACCCCCUACGGAGGCAGGCUGGAAUACACUCUCCCUAAAGGCAACGUGCUGAUGGUUCACUUCAAAGACAAAAAGCGGAUCCGUCACAAGAAGAGAUGGUCUCAGAUUAUGUACCUCUAUUACCUGCUUGGCUGGAGACUGAACAGAAAAUUCUUUAAGAUGUCUGAAGAGGGUGGAGACAAGAAUGCACUUAACGAGGCUCUGAGGAAGGAAAAGGAGAACACGUACAUCCUGGCCCUGGAUGGGGAUACAGAUUUCCAGCCCUCUGCUCUGAUGCUCCUGAUAGAUCGUCUUAAACUCUAUCCAGAUGUUGGGGCAGCUUGCGGACGAAUUCACCCCACGGGCACAGGGCCCAUGGUGUGGUAUCAGAAGUUUGAGUACGCUGUUGGCCACUGGAUGCAGAAGACAGCAGAACAUGUGUUUGGCUGCGUGUUGUGUAGCCCUGGCUGUUUCAGUCUUUUCAGAGGGGCUGCUCUCAUGGAUGACAACGUCAUGAAAAGAUACACCACCAAGGCCACUGAAGCCAGCCACUACGUACAGUAUGAUCAGGGUGAGGACCGUUGGCUAUGUACACUGCUACUAAAACAGGGCUGGAGGGUGGAGUAUAACGCAGCUGCUGAUGCCUACACCAAUGCCCCGGAGGAGUUCAAGGAAUUUUAUAACCAGAGGAGGCGUUGGGGUCCCUCAACCUUAGCCAAUACCAUUGACCUGUUGGGCUCAGGGAAGAUGACCUCUGAACGGAACAGCUCCAUCUCCAGACUUUAUAUUCUCUAUCAGAUUGUUGGCACAGGGGCUUCAAUCCUGGGCCCUGCCACCAUCUGCCUCAUGAUAGCAGGGAGCUUCAACUUCAUUUUCAAUAUCCAGCCCAAUACUGCCCUUCUCCUGGCCACAUUACCCCCUAUUGUUUACUUGGGCCUGUGCUUCAAGCUGAAAGCGGACAAGCAGAUAAAAAUAGCCGGUGUAAUGAGCAUAUUAUAUGCGUUUCUGAUGACUGCCACCAUUCUGUCCAUUAUAGGGAAUAUGGUGGAGGAGCAGACAUUUAUGACUCCUGCUGGCCUCUUUUUCAUCAGUAUGAUUUUGAUUUACGUUGUGACGGCAGCCUUACACCCACAGGAGUUCUCUCUCGUUAUCUACGGUUUUUUGUACUUCCUCUGCAUUCCUAGUGGGUACCUACUGCUCACCAUCUAUUCUAUGGUAAACAUGAACAACGUUACAUGGGGAACCCGUGAGACCAGUGGCCAGGCCAAGGCUCAAACAGCUGAUGCCAUUAAAAAGCAGUUAAUGCAGGUUCGAUGCUGUAAUUGUCCGUGCUGGGGCACAGCCAGACUCGUGACUGAGAGUGAACCUGAGGUGGAAAUCAUGACUGAGACGGAGGAGAAAAACUAUAGAAUUCAUUGUGACUCAUCAAAGGAAGAAAGGCUCAAGGAAUUCCUGUCAGCUGAGAGGCCACCCCAAAUCCCCUUCACUCUUUCCCAGGAUGAGACAAAGUUUUGGCAAGAGCUACAGAAGAAGUACUUGGAACCUCUGGUGGAGGACAGAGAACAGCAGGAAAAAAUGGCAAGAGAUCUAAAAGCCCUCAGAGACAAGGUGACACUCGUUUUUUUCAUCUGUAAUGCAUUGUGGUUGGUGGCAACUUUUUUUCUCCAAGCCAUCGGGAAUGCUGUCUCCAUACCAAUCCCAAAGAUAUACGCCAAUGGGACAGUGGUGAGAGGAGAGACCAUUUCCAUUGAUCCAAUAGGAUUGAUGUUUCUGCUGGGAUUUGCCACAUUAAUGGUAGUGCAGUUUCUUGCAAUGUUGUACCACAGAAUUUAUACCCUGAUCCAUUUUGUGUCAUACAUUGCCACGGAAACCAAGGCUGCCAAAAAACAUGAGAAAAAAUUAUCUGGGCAGAGUGCUGAAAGUGAUACACAGGUCUCAACAGCCCUGGAAGCUAUCUAUAAAAGUGAAACGAUGGGACAAGAGACAACCAUGUACUUUCAGAACCCUUUAGCCAUGAGAGAUUCUGUAACUCUGGUGCUGCUCUUGGCUCCGUCAGCUCCUCCACCCUCAGACCAGGGCUAUGGAAGCUCUCAUUUGUGUCCAGGAAGUCUGCUAAAUGGUCACUGCCAUCCUCCUGGUAGCUUCCAGGUCCUUAUAUCCGUGGCUUGGAGCCCAAGACAAGUUUCCCUGUGGGGCAAUAAAGUAUACCUUAAACGUAACCUUAACCUCUCCACCCACCUCUACUUCUCCACUGUUGUGCGACACCUGAGUGGUGAGGCCAGAAAACUGGUCCUGAAUCUUCCUCCUCAUGACCAGACCCUUGAGAAAGCAUUUGAAGAAUUGAGGGCAGAGUACAGUGACACACAAGGCUCCUUAGACCCAUUAGCUGACUUCUGUGAGUGUAGCCAGAGGUCAGGAGAGUCCGUCUGCUCUUAUGCUAUACCACUGGGGGCAGCAUUGUGGGCUGUGGAGGAGAUUCAAAAGGGGGGCAGGCCUUUCCCUGAUGGAGAGAGUAAACUCAUUUGGCAGUUCUUAAAGGCUUACUGA